AUGGCCAUUAGCGGAGGGCCGCGCCGAUUGGCCGGCCUCCAGCGGACUCCGGCGGCCUAUGCAAAUGAGGCCGCGCUCGCAAUUAGCGGCCGCGCCGGCGAGGAGGGGCCCGCGGCGCCUGCGGAGCUGGGUGCGCGCUGCCCGGCGCCGCUCACAUCGCUGGCUCCGCCGCCCGCGCUCCACGGCGGCCCAGGUGCGGCUCCGGCGGGGCCCUCCCGGGUGCGGCGCGGGGCCGCGGCAGCAACCCCUCCCCGAGGCUCGGGCAGCAAACUUUGGUGGCGUCCGCGCGGCGCCGUCUCCGCCGGCGCGCCGGGCUCGCCCCUUUAUAGAGUGUCUGCGCCGUCGCCCGCGCCCCCCCGCCGCCGCCGCCGCCACCGCCGCCGCCGGGCGGCCCCUCCCGGAGCGAGCGGCCGCGGGCAGGGCUCCGGCCCGGCGCCUUUGUCUCGCCGGGGCCGCUCGGGCUCCGCCACCGUCGCCUCCUGCGCUCCGGGCCGGCCAGCCGCCUUCGUUCCUUCGCGGCGAGUCGUUGCGCCGUUCGGCUCGUCCCCCCCCCCCACGGUCCCCGCUUGGGCUCGGGCUCAGGUGCCCUUCUCUCUCCGGACCUUCUCUGCCGGCUCGUGUCCUUCUCGGCGGCUUUCCCCGGCGGCCGGUCUGGCUCGGAACGCUUGCGGCCGGAGCGGAGAGGAGUGCGCACGCCGGGGUGGCGGGACUUCGGCAAGACCAACUUUCCGUGGCCCAGUGUGGUACGAAGCUUCUGCUCAGACGGCCUCCUGGCGUUGCCCGUCGGACCCCAGCCUGGCGUCGCCUGCCCGGCUCUCGGCCGGCUUCUUUUCGGUUCUAGACCCUGGUUCCCAGCCCGCAUGCUUCCGCCCGCCUCUAGUUGUCCAAGUUCCAGGACGCAACAGUGCUGGGCUGCGGAGAGCGCAGGAGUGCUGUGUAGACCGAAGGAGGCGCGCAGAGAGAAGAAGCAAACGGCGUCUGAAGUCCCCCCCCCCCCCCCCCGGAGAAGACAGAUCCCGUUCUGCUCAACAGCCUCCUGGUCCCCCUGUCAUGGACUCCUCAUGGCUCACUUUACACACAGGUCCCCCCACCUUUUUGUCUCCCCCUCCCCCGCUCGGCUCCAGCAAACGGACAUUUUGCUUGCCCUACAUCUUUCUGGGGGCUUCCCAACUCAGCUGUUUAGUUUCGAGGACUUGCUUUGUGUUUUCUAUGAGGUGUGGUCUCCAGGAGGAUCCUCUUAAGUCUCUCCAAAGGGGACGAAUCUGAGCCAGAGCUCUUCAGAUGGAAGAAACGAGACUUGACAUUGCAGAACUGUGGAGUGAUUCCCACGUGUAUGGAGCCGGUGGGACUCAGGCUGGAGUGGCAUUGGCCACGUCCCGUCGUGGGUGCGAGCAGGCUCUGAGCUCUUUCUCCGCCGUUGGACCAGCCCGGAGUAGUCUGUUUUCCCAGAGUCUAGGCAGCGCUCCGCUGAAUUGUCUGGGGUGAGGUUGCAAGCGCCCAGGCUCUCUGGGCAGGCUGUGCUGGAAUUUCGUUAAGAAGAAGGCAGAGACCUGGAGGAAAGGGACCAGGAGGCUGCCUUGUGUGCAACAGAAACCUGCAGAUUUCCUCCACUUCAGAAUUGCACUCGAGUGACUUCUCCAGUGUACCGUUUUAAAAUCUGGGGCCAAGGAGAUUAUUUAAAAAAUAAAAUUGGAAAACAAAA